GGGCGUCAGAAAAACCAUUUCUUAGAUAGGGAAAAACGAGAUUAAUAUUUUAAAAAAUAAUUUUUGGGGAAAAUAAUACUGAUUUGAUAUGACGUAUUUAACUGAAUUCUCAAACAGACAUUUUAUUUUUAAAGAAUAAAUAUGUAACCCCUAUUAGCUACGCCCAUGUUUUGUUGUCUUUUGCUCCGCAAGUUUGUCCGAAGAAUUGAUCAAAAAUGAUAAAUUACUAGGCACGCCAGAGAAUUCAAAGCACAUGCCGCAGUCUGCCGCAAAAUCGUGCCACAGACGCACGUCCUUGGAACUCCUUGCAUACGUGCUGCUAUUGAUUUCAACCACCUGUUGUGGCAAAGCACUCCCACUCGUCGAACCAAAAUACUCAGCCACGUAGCUUUUAGUCAGUCGGUGAAAUAUGCUCCAACGAACUGCUAGAAUGUGGACGCUGUGCGUGCAGACGGCUUUGAUAGCGACCUUGGUUAGGGAAACAGUUUCCCUAAAGGAUAAUCUCGUGGGGAGAGCACAGAUAUCGUACAAUCCCAGCGAGCUCUCUGAAUCCCGCUUUCUGGAAUACAGCAAUUUAUCCGAUAAAUUGCACUUGAGGGAGGCCAUCAACAAUAUACUUAUACCCCGAGUUGUGGGCACGGGAAAUCACACUAUCGUGAGACAAUACAUAGCCCAGAGCUUAAGAGAUCUAGAUUGGGACGUGGAGAUGGACAGCUUUCAUGAUGAAGCUCCUAUCAAAGGAAAAUUACAUUUCCAUAACAUCAUUGCCACCCUUAAUCCAAAGGCUGAGCGAUUUCUGGUGCUCGCUUGUCAUUAUGAUAGCAAAUACAUGCCCGGAGUGGAAUUCUUGGGGGCCACGGACUCAGCAGUGCCUUGUGCUAUGCUCCUAAACCUGGCACAAGUCCUCCAAGAGCAACUUAAGCCCCUCAUGAAAAGCAAACUAAGUUUAAUGCUCUUAUUCUUUGACGGCGAGGAGGCCUUUAAGGAAUGGGGACCUAAGGAUUCUAUCUAUGGAGCACGACAUCUAGCCAAAAAAUGGCAUCGUGAAGAAAAAUUGGAUAGAAUAGAUAUGCUGGUGCUGCUGGAUCUUUUAGGAGCUCCCGAUCCUGCAUUCUACAGCUUCUUUCAGAACACAGAAUCCUGGUAUAUGCGUCUCCAGUCGGUAGAGACACGGCUGGCCAAGCUGCAGCUACUAGAACGCUAUGCCAGCAGCGGGGUUUCCCAGCGCGAUCACACCCGCUACUUCCAGUCGCAGGCCAUGCGUUCCUCCAUGAUCGAAGAUGAUCAUAUACCCUUCCUGCGUCGAAAUGUACCUAUCCUGCACCUCAUUCCGGUACCCUUUCCCAGUGUCUGGCAUACCCCCGACGAUAACGCCAGUGUGAUUGAUUAUGCGACGACGGACAACCUGGCGCUGAUUAUACGGCUAUUCGCUUUGGAGUAUCUGCUGGGCGGAGGCGAGGCCAAGUAGUCAAGUGGUCUUCCAUAUGAAUGACAAAUGCUAUAUCUACUUACGUCCUUAUCUAAAAGACCUGUUCCGAUAUGGAGACAAAGUUUUCAUGUUCUAAUACCCACCGCGGAACCUUGGAAAGGAUCUAAUUGUUAACUGACUGUGUGCUUUAAAAUUAAUUAAGCAAAUCUGCAAUACGCAUAAUCCAAAUAUUUUUAUAUACAUGUAUUUAUAAAAAAUGCUUAGCUAAUGACACGUCAAAUGUUGUAAUCUUUUGGUUGUAAAUUAUCAGACACAUCUGUAGUCCAACAUAUACAUAAUAAGUAAAUGUAUCUUAAAACUUAAAA